ACGGCGUUAUUACAAUGUUAAGUUCGAUCGUGGAGGUGUUGCGAUGGGAAAAGUUCAGAGGAAGGAGAUUAGGCCUUGCCCUCCUCCAAUGGAGAGAUGGGGAGAUUUUAAUCCUGGUGACAUUGUUGAAGUUUUUGAUAAUAACUCCUGGAAGAGUGCAAAAAUUGUAGAGGUUCGUGAUAGUGGGAAGUACUCUGUGGUUAUUCACUAUGGAUCCUCUAGCAUGCUUGAAGUUCACAAAUCCAACAUAAGGGUGCGACAGUAUUGGAAUGGCAACGGAUGGGUGUUGGUUGAUAAGAUUGACGGCGUUUUGCUUACGGUAUCUGAUGGAUGUAUUACUUGGUUGCAGGAGUCUGAAAAAUUAAAUGAGGGAGGGUUGAAGAUACCAUGCAUUGGAGGAAAGGUCCACUACCAAAGAUUGCAACGUUAUGGAGAGGUGAGAAAACAUGAUGAUGAACAUUACCAGAUUUCUCUAAGAGGCUUGAGGAAGAGGUUGGAUAAUGGAGCAGGAGCUGGGAGAAAGUUCGGAGCGGUGAGGAAGGUGGGUAAGCACCAAAGAUUAUUACCUGAAAAGGUAGAUAUUUGUGCUUCAUCACGAAUAAUUUAUGGUGAUAAUUACAUGGAUGCUUCCUUAAACAAUAGAACAAUUGAGAUGCCUGAAUCUGGCAUGAACUGGGGAAAUCCAAAUGAAGAUGUGCAUUUCUUUCUUGGAAGUUUAGAACAAAGUGAUUCUGAUAGUCUUUCAUCCUCUGUUGGUAGUUGUAGUCCUUGGAAUAGUCGACAUAGGUCAUUUGACCAACCUGAGAAUAAUGCAAAUCGAUGUAUGGGCCCUAAUUUCGAUGAUAAUGAAGCUUGUAGCUGCUCAGGACGAGAACCUAGAGAGCCUUUCCAACCUACAACAGAGGGAGGAACAGCUGAAAUUCAUCAAUUGGAGUUAAAUGCCUACCAUUCAAUCAUGAGGGCAUUAUAUGCAUCUGGACCGCUAAGUUGGGAGAGAGAAGCUUUGUUAACUAAUCUCCGUCUUAUGCUUCAUAUAACAAAUGAUGAACACCUAUUGGAGCUAAGACAUCUAAACAACAUCAAAAGUGAUUUGGCUUAAGCAUUUCAGGUCAUUGUAGGAAAUCAUUUUAUUCUAUUUCUUUAUUCUAGAUUUUCAGUGUUGUUUUAAAGCUCGAAUGAAUUUAUGUCCAUUUAUCAGUUGUUUAAUUGCUGAUAUAUACUAAAGAGAGUGUAGUACUUGUAGAAGUUUUGUAUAGAAUGUGUUAUGAAGAAAUAAAGUUCUGUUUACCUAUGUUUCUGAUUUUGGAUUAGCUCCUGGGAUAUCCGGUGUUCCCAGUCUCGUCUUUCUCUCUUCUCUUCUCAGCUUAUGCUAUUCGAUUAACUUUAUCACAGAGUUCCUGGGUCCCCUCGUGAGUUGUCAAUUUGCGGGAAGAAUUGUGUUUCUGUUUAAGUUCUUUGCAAUAUUAUAUUUGUUUGCUAAUUUACAAUGAAGUCAUUCGUAGUCACAACCCACUUUUGGCACUGUUUAACUAAUGUGCUCUAACAAUAUGAGAUGCAUCUACCACUGGUUACUCGUGUAUUCCAUCAUUUCAUUGUAGGGAUUCAUUACGAUGGAUUAAAAUGUUUUUUCACUAAUUUUGGAAUGUUGUUAUCCCAGAAAAGUUUUGAUGCUGUCAAAUGAAUCAAAUAUAUCAUUGCAAAGGCCAUUUUAGAACCUCAUUACAUAGUCAUCUUCGUAAAAAAAAAUCUGAUAUUCCCCGUAAUGUGAUCAAUUCAAGAAUCAUGUUGUCUGUUAUUCUUGAUUUGAUUGAAAAUUCUAGUUAUUUGUGUUGCCUGCCUUGAGAGUGAGCAGAUCCUCUGUACUCAUUAUUUACAAAUACAGUUAUACUGCUGGGUCAAUUUUGGAUUCUUUGAUUUCGUUACAUAUUUGAUCCUUCUCAUGCGU